AUGGCAAUUCAUCUAAAAAGGAUAUCAUGUGCCGUAAAAUCUCAGUCAGAGAUGAGAGGCUUUACGGUAAAGGGAGGCGGGACUACACUUUAACCAGGAAGUUUACGACACCGCUCCGUGUUUACACAUGUUUACACGUUCACGUGGAGAACGUUUUAGUUGUUUAAAAUGUCUUCAAAGAAGAAUAAAAGCAAAUCGAAAAAAGCCAGUGAAGGAGAUAGUUCACUGUCACUGAAGGAGGGCUCCAGUGACUCCUCCAACCUGCAGACAUCCAGCCAGGACGGAGGAAGCUGCAAAAGUUCCAACAGCAACUCAUUCACUGUCAUCGAUUUCAUUGAAAAGGCUGAUGACAAAACGCCCAGAAGUUGCCGAUCAACUUUAGCCCAACUGGGCCUCAAUUCCAUGAAGUCAGCCGGCGUUUGCAUCGGGAGACCGGUCCUACUGACGAGUCCCUCAGGACAGCAGGAGGUGUGUUUAGGAUGGCCGGUCGCCACAUUUCCUGGUGGAAAAGUUGGUCUUCCGAAAUGUUCUCAGAAUAACCUCAGAGUGAAGUCAGGGGACGAGGUGACGCUGCUCCCGCUAACAGGUCCUGUGGUUCAGGCCGAGGAGGUGGUUCUCUCUAACAGGUCAAAAGAUGACACACUUGAGACAGAUGAGUUCAAGAACUUCUUUCUGAGGUCUCUGGUUGGGAACAUCAUUUUGCCAGGAAAUGUCAUCUCCCUGACUUACUUUGGCCGGUCAUGCAGUCUCCGGGUCGAGACCAUAAGAGGGGAGGACGGUGUCACCCUCCACAGACCAGCCCCACCUCCAGGAGCGGGCCCUGACGUGGAGUCCUCCGUGAUGAGCUCCGUGCUGGACUCCACGUCCACUGACCUCUCAUUGCAGCUCAGCUUGCUCACUGUGGAUGACAAUACUGACGGGACACCGAGAACGCCUGGAGAGCCCGGGCCUGCCGCCAGCACGCCACGCCGACCAACCAACCUCCCUUCUCUCUCCUCGCCCGCUGCGCCCUGCACACCUUCCUACAACUCCCAGAAUCCUCCUGCAGGGUCAGUGAAGGAUGCUGUCAGUCUGGAAAGUUCACUCUGCUCAGAGCAGGCAGAGACAAUCCCCACAGCUCCCCCUGGUGGUGCGCAGAGCACUGACACCUUCUACUGCCUCUCCUGCUCCACUACAGUCAGUUUCAGAGAGAGAGCAGGGCAGGAGGAUUCAGAUGCAGAAGCUAAAAGGUCAAAGGUCACAUACAGCAUGAUUGGCGGGCUCAGCAGCCAGUUGGAUGUCAUCAGAGAGACCAUUGAGCUUCCUCUGAAACACCCCGAAUUGUUCUCCAAUUAUGGGAUCCCACCUCCCCGAGGAGUUCUUCUUUAUGGUCCCCCGGGCACGGGAAAGACUAUGAUUGGACGAGCCAUAGCCAAUGAAGUUGGAGCUCACAUGACUGUGAUCAACGGCCCAGAGAUCAUGAGCAAAUUCUAUGGCGAAACAGAAGCAAGACUAAGGCAGAUUUUCAUUGAAGCGUCUCAAAGACGACCUGCAAUCAUCUUUAUUGAUGAGCUGGAUGCUUUGUGCCCAAAGCGAGAGGGGGCGCAGAAUGAGGUGGAGAAACGAGUUGUUGCCUCUCUCCUGACUCUGAUGGAUGGGAUUGGUUCAGAGGAUCACUCAGGUCAGCUAUUGGUCCUUGGGGCCACAAACCGGCCCCAUGCCCUCGACCCCGCCCUGCGGCGACCAGGGCGCUUUGACAAGGAGUUGGAGGUGGGAGUCCCUAGUGCUUCCGAGCGUGCAGAUAUUUUGCAGAAGCAGCUGAGUUUCGUACCAUGCAGAGCCACCACAGAAGAGCUGACGCAGCUGGCCGACGCUGCUCAUGGAUACGUUGGAGCUGACCUCGCAGCUGUUUGCAAAGAAGCAGGUUUGCAUGCCCUGAGGCGAGCACUGGGAGGUUCCCACAAACCAUCAGAUCAGCAGCUGAUGGGGACGGUGACCGUCACUCUGCAGGACCUCCAGUGGGCCAUGUCCGUUGUGAAACCAAGCGCCAUGAGGGAGGUUGCUAUCGAUGUCCCUAAGGUCCGCUGGUCAGAUGUUGGCGGGAUGGAGGAGGUGAAGCUGAAACUCAAACAGGCUGUGGAGUGGCCUCUGAUGCACCCCGAGGCCUUCACCCGCAUGGGGAUCCAGCCACCUAAAGGAGUCCUGCUCUACGGGCCUCCAGGCUGCUCUAAGACCAUGAUAGCCAAGGCCCUGGCUAAUGAAAGUGGGCUCAACUUCCUGGCUAUUAAAGGUCCAGAAUUACUGAGCAAGUACGUUGGAGAGUCUGAAAGAGCGGUGAGAGAGGUGUUUCGGAAGGCGAGGGCCGUCGCUCCCUCCAUCGUCUUCUUUGAUGAGAUAGAUGCUCUCGCCAGCGAAAGAGGAAGCUCCUCGGGGUCUGGCGGUGUAGGCGAUCGGGUCCUGGCUCAGCUCCUGACAGAGAUGGACGGCAUCGAGCAGCUCCGAGACGUCACUGUGCUGGCCGCCACCAACCGGCCCGACAUGAUCGAUAAGGCUCUGAUGCGUCCAGGUCGACUUGACCGAAUCGUCUUUGUGCCUCUUCCAGAUGCUCCAACCAGACGUGAGAUAUUUUCUCUCCAGUUCCGCAACAUGCCCGUGGCCCAAAAUGUGUCUCUUGAUGAUCUUGUGACUCGGACCAACAAAUAUUCCGGAGCAGAG